AUGUCGACGAGGUUACAGAAUCCCAUCAACUUAUCAUCAACACUCAACAAAUGCCAAAUACUACAGAAUCCAUCCAACAACGAUCCGCAACCACAAGAUCCCACUCUGUUUACUCUUUUUAAUACUCUCAAGUUGGAGAAACCUAUUCAUCCUCUUCUAUGCCUGUUCAUUCAUGUCUACAUGAUCCUUCAAACUCUUUCAUUAGGUCUCAAUAUGGACUAUCAUUGGGGAAGCUAUGGAAGAACCGUACAGCAUGUUUUUAUUUCAUUCAGUUCAUUUGGUGUCCAAUUUUUGGAAUACUAUGAAGGUUUUAUUGCCAUUCUUGUUGUGGCCAUUGUGUGGCAAUUGGUGGUCAUUCUUCUCUUAGUGGCCACCUUCAGAGCUUCCAAGAAUGGAAAAUAUUUUAAAGAAAUCAGAAAGGCCUCUCGUCUCGCUUUCGUAAUCAUGUUCUUUCUGAGUGGUCCUCUCACUUACGGAAUGGCAUUGGGGUUUUGGAAUUGUGAUGAUUCGUCCUCGUCUGAUGUCAUGAAUUUGAGAAUUUUUCCAUCCAUUCCUUGUUGGAAUUCUACCAAUUCUGUUCUUGCCAUCCUCUCUCUCAUGGUUAUACUGACUCAAAUAGUGACUUCAUUCAUGACUGUGACUGUAUUUUGCGAUACCUUUCUCACUUCCAAGGCUUUCUUUAUUUUGGAAGAUCCUUAUUUAAUGUCCUAUGUCACUGCAUCGAAUCAAUUGUAUAUCAUUCUCUCUAUUGCCACUCCUUAUCAUGUCAUGUAUUUAAGACCCAUCUAUUACAUGAUCAUUUCAAUGAUAUUUUGUGUCUUGUUGUUGAGAUACUUACCUUUUAUAAGGAGAAGAGCGAAUUCCUUUUAUGGGGGUAUUGGUAUGGCACGAGUUGGAAUUGGAAUUGGAUCUCUUGUAUCCUCAAUCAUCAAUCCAUUGGAUGAGUGGCAAAAUGGAUUGGUAUUGACCUUUUCUCCAAUCGUUGCGGGAUUGAUCGGAUUUGGACUUGGAUGUGUCGUCACCGAGCUCUAUACAUUCUACUUGUUGAGAAAAGGUCAACACAUUCUUGAGGAAUGUAUUGAACAAAUGACGAUGAGUGGAGAGAACCCACUCACUCCAUCGAUGGAUCUAGUAGCUCUCUAUUUUAAUCUCUACUCAAAACAUGUCAAUUGCUUGAUUCAAAGUUCUCUCAAGUCUUCGACAUGGUCUGAAUCUCCUCAUCAUCGACGACGAAUACUCAUUGAAGAUGUUUUGAAGGUAAUUCAACAGCAACAACCAUCGACUGAUAUGUUGGAACAUUUACCAUGUCGUUCACUCAUUCUUCUCUCUCUAUUCCUUUCUUGUUCAAAAAAGAAUACACAAAAGUUUGCCAUUCGAUUGCUCAUGAAGGCCCAGCAAAAGUGUCCAUCCUAUGAUUAUUUUACAAGAUAUACCAUUUCAUUUCGAUUGAGAGAAUUACAUUAUGAAAAUGGUAAAGCAAGUGUGGCAAAUAGUGAAUUUGUACUGAAUCGUGUCAAGUCGAAUCUUCCAAAACUACGAAAACAAACAUACCUUUUUUGGAGAAGUGUUCAAUUGGGAAUUUUUAAUGUUCAUGAAAUACUCCAAGAAAUGAACUCUCUUUCACUCGAUUGUGAAACAUCUCUCCACACUAUUAUGAGGGAACGUGACGAUGAAGAUGUGAUCAAACUCUAUGCUUCAUUCAUGGAAGAAUGUAAAUUUGAAAAAGUUACAAUAGAAGAUGAAUUUGCUCAAAAAGAAAAUGAAUUACUCUUAGAAGAUGGCCAAAACCAAGAAGAAUCAUUAGAAGUGGAUUCUUUAAAAGAGGAAGAUUUUGCGGGAAAUCAACAAGAAAUAUUUUCAAAUACCAUUCGUAAGCAAGUUGGAAAUGACAAUAUUCAAAUUGGCCUAUUGACAUUGAUGUGUGUGAUUACUUUUUUAUUUGUUAUGGGAUUAGUGACUUGUGAUCUUGCAUCCACUGAGAAACACGAUUUUAACUCUAUCAUGUUGAAAGUCUCUCGUGUGAAUGCAUUACCUUAUUUGGCUGUUUCUGAACUUGCUGUACUUGGAAACACCUCAUUUGGUAAUCUUACAAGAGCUGAAACAAUUCUUACAAGAAGCGUAGAAUGGAUCGAUCAUUUUGAGAAUUCCUAUGAAAUGGAUGUUCCUUCUCUCAUGAAACAAAAUUUGAACAAUUUUUCACAGGAUUUUGUGUUCAAGGAUAAUUCCAAUCCUCCUCGAGUGGUGAAAAAAACAUCAGUCAUGUGGUUUGUGCAAAAAUUGAAAACAAGAAUUAAGGAUUUAGUGGAUCACUACUCUUCGCAAAUGAUGGAUACCACUCUUGAAAAUUAUCAAAUAUUAUCUCUCAAUUUAGAAUCCUCCACUCGUUCCAUUUCACAAUUUAUAACUCUUCUAAGACAGUAUCAUUCACAAAGCAUUGAAAAGAGUACUAUUGAAUUUAUUGCUUCAUUCACUUCUGUAACGUUUUUAUUUAUUCUCUACAUGAUUUUUAAUUCUGGUGUGUGUUAUCUAUUUAUUCGAAAGAGAAAUGCAAUAUUGAACUUGUUUCAACAAAUUCCAAAAAAAGAAAUUGAGAAAGUAUUGGAAAAUUUAGUUCAGAAAAUUGACCAAAACAAAGAUCUCACAGAAUCAAGAAAGAGAAAAGUUUCCAUUCCCAAACAUGCAAUGAUCAUUGUUUGUCUCAUUUUCGUAUUAUUCAUAUUCAUGACAUGUUUAGGAAUGAUUCUUAGUGAUGGUUUAAAAAAGUUGAAUACUGAAAGAAUUUAUUCCAUCAAGAUGGAUCAUGAGGCAAAUUUAUUUACCAUUUCACAAUCACUCAAAUAUUAUACUUUAUUAUUGAUUCAACAACAAAUGACAAGAAUCAAUUCUUCAGACAUUCACACCAAUAGGACACUUCUUGAAACAACAACACGGAUGACUCAACAUGUUGAACAAUUUCAAAAAGAAUGGAAUUCUCUCAUUCAUGGCUCUCCUCAAGAUGAAUUCUAUUCCUUAUUAGGAAUGAGUCAUUCGAUGGAUCGAAUAUUAUUAGGAUCCUCUGAUCGUAAAAUGUCCACAAAUAUCAGCGCCAUCUCUUUAACCUCUCUUUCAAGAAAUUUAUUAUCCAACACUCUGAAACUGAAUUCAUGGUUAUUGAAUACUUCGAAUGUACAUGAAUUUGACAAUUUGGAUCUUUUCGAAUUCUAUUUCAGUAAUAUUUACACUCCCUCCAAUCAAUUCAUGGAUGGUCUUUUACAAUUCAUGCAAUUGACAUUUGAAGAACUCACAGUGAAUGGUCAGAGAGAUUUCAUUAUUAUUUCCACUCUUCUGUCCUUUGUUACUCUUUCUCCUCUCAUGUAUUUGAUUUAUUCUUAUGGUAGUUCCAUUUCUCAUGAAAAUCAUCAAAUAAGAUUACAAUUGAAUCAACUUCCAUGGGAAAUUCUCGAUUCAACACAUAACAUUCAUAACUUUAUCUUUCAUGGGACAUUGUAUGAUUUUGAGAAACAUUUGAGAUCAAAAAAGGUUAAAAACACAAAAGAAAAGGCCAUUUUGGAAGCAUGCAUUACAGGUGCUGUCAUUUGUUCAUCGUUUGGAGUGGUUGAAAUUUUCAAUACAUCUGCAUCGAAAAUGUUUGACUAUCGUCCUGAACAAGUGAUUGGAUCUCCCUUAGAAAAACUUUUUGAUAAGAAUUCAUGUUCAGUAUUGGUCCCAAUUUUAAACAAGAUGGGAUCUUCGAUGAAUUCGUAUGGAGAAAAUGUGGAAUUGGUGGGUAUGAGAAAGAAUGGAAGCACAUUUCCAGUGGAAGUGAGAAUUUCAGUAUCGAAUUUGGAAGGAAGGAAUAUCAUUUCGUGCUUUUUGAAAGAUUUAACAACUGAUAAGGAACAAGUGAAACAAUUGGAUGAGGAAAAAAAGAAAUCAGAAGCAUUGUUGCUCACCAUCAUGCCAGAACAUGUCGCUCGAAAGUUAAAGUUGGGAGAACAAUUCAUUGCAGACAAGUUGGAUGAUGUGACAUGUUUGUUUUCAGAUUUAGUGGGUUUUAAAGAAGCAAGUUUAUUCAUGUCAGCCAUUGAAAUUGUGAAAACAUUGAAUGAUAUUAUUAACAAAUUUGAUGAAGCCUGUGUCAAGCAUCAUUUGGAAAAGAUUAAGACAAUUUCUGAGAAGUACUUUUGCAGUGGUGGGUUAAAAGAAAAUGAAAAAUCCUUUGACACUCAUCAUUCUGAAAGAUGCCUGCUUUUCGCAAUCGAUUUAUUCGGUGUGAUGCAUGAAUUCAAUGAAUACUCGGAACAAAAAAUUAACAUUCGAAUUGGUAUUAAUUGUGGUUCUGUAGCUGCUGGAGUAAUAGGUGUUUUGAAGUUCGCUUACGAUCUAUGGGGAGACACUGUCAAUACAGCAUCCAGGUAA